CAGUCGACAGGCGUCUCGGCGCUUGUUGCUUUUCUUCCGUUUGACCACUUGGCGUCGCUGUGCCUGCAAGUGCUACCAUGCGGGAUCUGUCCAUUGGGCUUUGAGUGGAGGUCAGGCGCCAAAAGGAUGGUGAUUGGUUAACGAGCCGCCAUCGUCUUCUCUGAUUGGCCAGAAAGGUGUGAGAGAGGCGAUAAUGGCAGGAGAGGGAGCAGAGCAGCGGUGAACAGUGUGUGCCUAUUUGCGCUUCUGUGGACGUCCAGCACAGUGCUGCCGCUUCCCCCUCUGUCACGAUGGAGAUGUGAGUCUUCCAGUGGAAUCAGUGGGAUUUGGUUCGAGCUAGCCGGAUAAUGGUAGACGACAGGCAGAUGCUGACUGUGGCCAUGCUGGCCACUUUCGCUGCCGGUCUUCUGUGUGUGAUCCCUUCAGUGUGUGCAGAGGAAGAUACUGUGAUGGAUACAAGGACAGCAACGGCUGAGCUGGGCUGGAUAUCAUUCCCUGCUAAUGGAUGGGAGGAGGUGAGUGGCUAUGAUGAGAACCUCAACACCAUCAGGACGUAUCAAGUAUGUAAUGUGUUCGAGCCCAGCCAGAACAACUGGCUCCUCACGACAUACGUUGACAGACGGGCAGCGCUGCGGAUCUAUGUGGAAAUCCGCUUCACUGUACGAGACUGCGCCUCCAUCCCCAGUGUCCUUGGUUCCUGCAAAGAGACAUUCAACCUUUACUACCUGGAAACAGACAGGGCCGUGUCAGAGGGCAUCAGAGGGGUGGACUACUGGGCAAAUGCCCCCUUCCUUAAGGUGGAUACCAUUGCAGCAGAUGAGAGUUUCUCCCAAGUUGAUUUUGGAGGGAGGUUGAUGAAGGUCAACACAGAGGUCCGAAGUUUUGGCCCACUGUCCAAAGGAAAAGGGUUUCAUCUGGCUUUCCAGGAUCUGGGAGCCUGCAUGUCUCUCCUUGCUGUCAGAGUUUUCUACAAAAAAUGUCCCAGCAUAGUUCAGAACUUUGCUUACUUCCCAGAGACACUUACCGGCGCAGAAUCCACAUCACUUGUCAUUGCCAGAGGAAGUUGUAUUCCCAAUGCCGAGGAAGUGGAUGUGCCCAUAAAGCUGUAUUGUAAUGGCGACGGGGAGUGGAUGGUACCCAUUGGCAGCUGCAGCUGUAAGGCGGGUUAUGAACCAGACAGUGACAACUUAUGCAGAGCUUGUCCACAGGGCACCUUUAAAUCAUCCCAGGGGCCCGGAUUAUGUCAGCAAUGUCCACUUAACAGUCGGUCCACCAUUGAGGCUGCCUCCCUUUGUGGUUGUCGGAAUGGUUACUAUCGUGGUGACAUGGACAAACCACAGGACUUGUGCACCAGUGUCCCUUCGGGUCCUCGUAACUUGGUCUCAGUUGUUAACCAGACAUCAGUGCAACUGGAGUGGAAUCCACCGCGUGACAUCGGGCACCGUCAAGACUUGUCUUACAACGUGUUGUGCCACCGAUGUCACAGCAGUGAGCGGCGGCUCUGUCAGCCAUGUGACGACAGUGUGGCCUAUGAUCCGGGCCGGAGGGGGUUAAAAGUAACCAAGGUGGAAAUCAGCAAGCUGCGGGCCCACACAUCAUACACCUUCGACAUACAGGCAGUCAACGGUGUCUCCAACAAGAGCCCCUAUCCCGCCCAGCAGGUGUCAAUCAACAUUACAACCAAUCAAGCUGCUCCUUCAGAGGUUCCCAUAAUGCACCAAGUGAGCUCUACAAGUCGCAGUUUCUCAUUGUCGUGGCCUCCCCCUGAACAUCCCAAUGGAAUAAUCCUCGACUAUGAGAUACGAUUCUAUGACCAGUCCCAGCAUUCAGUGUCUAACAGUUCAGUGGUUCAGAGCAAGACCCCCAGUAUGAUUCUGGAGGGGCUGAGGCCCGGCACCGGCUAUGUGGUUCAGGUGAGGGCCCGCACUGUGGCUGGCUACGGAGCUUACAGCAAAGAGAUGCUCUUCCAAACACUCACUGAUGAUGAGUUCAAGUCAGAGCUAGGACAGCAGCUCUCCCUGAUUGCAGGCUCUUUAGUAGGCGGAGUGUGUAUUGUCUCUCUGGUAGCCAUCACCAUCAUUUGUACCAGGAGAAGGCAAUUGAAAGGGAGUGCGUAUGGUGACAAGUUGCAGCAAUACAAUGCAGGUGGAGAGGUGACACUGAGAACUGACAUGUUUAGUGGUCCUACCCCCACGGUGACCUUCCCCACCCUGUCUGAUGGUCACAGUUCACCGGGGGUCAAGAUAUACAUCGACCCUUUCACCUACGAAGACCCCAAUGAGGCUGUCAGAGAAUUUGCUAAGGAAAUUGACUCCUCAUGUGUGAAGAUCGAGGAAGUCAUUGGCUCAGGUGAGUUUGGAGAGGUGUACAAAGGCCGCCUGAAGCCACUGGGCAAAAGAGAAAUUCCUGUUGCCAUCAAGACUCUGAAGGUGGGCUACUCUGAGAGGCAGCGGCGGGACUUUCUGUCUGAGGCGUCAAUCAUGGGCCAAUUCGACCAACCAAACAUCAUUAGAUUGGAGGGUGUGGUUACCAAGAGCAGACCCACAAUGAUCAUCACCGAAUUCAUGGAGAAUGGAGCUCUUGACUCAUUUCUCCGGCAAAAUGACGGGCAGUUCCCAGUGAUCCAACUGGUUGGUAUGCUGAGAGGCAUAACAUCUGGAAUGAGGUACCUGGCAGAGAUGAGUUACGUUCACAGAGACCUGGCUGCUCGGAACAUCCUGGUUAACAGUAACUUGGUGUGUAAGGUGUCUGACUUUGGCUUGUCUCGUUACCUGGAGGAGGAUACUUCUGAUCCCACUUACACCAGCUCACUGGGUGGUAAAAUCCCAGUGCGGUGGACAGCCCCAGAGGCAAUUGCCUAUAGGAAGUUCACAUCAGCCUCAGAUGUUUGGAGUUAUGGGAUCGUCACCUGGGAGGUCAUGUCAUACGGCGAAAGGCCUUACUGGGAUAUGAGUAACCAAGAUGUGAUCAACGCCAUUGAGCAGGACUUCCGGCUGCCAGCUCCCAUGGACUGUCCAACAGUUCUACACCAGCUGAUGCUGGACUGCUGGCAAAAAGACAGGAACGCUCGUCCAAAGUUCCCUGAUGUUGUCAACAUGUUGGACAAGAUGAUACGCAACCCUGCAUCCCUGAAAGCCGGCACUAACAAUGUUGCGCCAGGUCCUUCCCAUCAUCCUUUGUUAGAUCGUGGUGCUCCAGAUCUGAGCCGGUUGAGCUCUGUGGAGGACUGGCUGGCUGCACUUAAGAUGACCCAGUACAGAGACUCCUUCCUGGGAUCAGGCUUCACCUCCUUGCCACUCGUCACUCAAAUCACUGCAGAAGACCUCCAGAGGAUCGGCGUAUCUCUAGCCGGACACCAGAAGAAAAUCCUUACAAGUGUUCAGUCAAUGAGGCACCACAUCGAUGACCAGUCUCCUACUGAAUCUGUUUAGUUGCCACAUUCAUAAUGGUUGGUUUUAAAGUAUUCAGGCAAGGAGUGUGCCCUCUACUUUUACACACACGUGUCCACCCCUUUCCUCCUCGAUUUAGCUUCCGAGAUCAAUUUCAAUUUAAUGCCUUGUGGAAGUUAUAAAAUGCACAUUUGCAAGAGCCAAUGCAAGGUCAGCAUGCUCUCUAAGCGGUGAAAAAGUGACACGUAUCUGUUCUUUACAACACCUGAUCUGCUCUGACCUGAAGGGACUACAAUCAUAAAAGCCCAUUUCCAUCCAUCCAUCCAUCCAGAAGGCAGUCUUUACCAACUUGGUAGUUGGAUUCAAGGACAGUGCGGUCUAACGCUCCACCUUAAGCAGCCAUCAUAUGAACAUACUGGGAAGGGAAAAAUGUUGAAAACUGUGCAAAAAGCCCAGUAAGUGGUUCUUGUGUAAAAAUAUAUAGAGUAUGUUAAAAAACAAGACUGUCAACUGCCACUACUUGAAUGCAGGAGAACCCAUGGUUAAGUGAGACUGUGACAAUUUUAUCUUCAUAUUGAAGAGUCUGUACAUAUUAUGAUAUGGGGUGUUUCUUUCCUAUUUGCUAAUUUGUUUGAUGACUGUGCUUGUGAUUAGUAUUCUUCACGAUUAGCUUUUCACUUUUUGAUGAAACAAAUUCGCAGUCUGGUGCACAAACAGGUUGCAUAGUUUUCUUGGUAUACAUUCAGUAAUCCAAUGAGUAGAUCACCUCUUCCAUGCAGAGGGUUUGCAAAAAUUUGAAAUUUGAGUACUUAAAAUGACUGUUGUUAAAAAUCAGCAAAAAUACUCUCUGAAGCCCACUAUGGGAAAAUUAAAGUAAAAUGCAAUACUACAAGGUAAUACCACAAUUGACAGGAAACAAGAACACAACAUCAACAGACAUCAACCGAAAUGUUCCUGUUGUGCACGAACUGCAGUGGGUCGUAAAAAGACAUACAAGAUAAUCUUGUGAUUUAGCUGCAACAUUGACAGGAGGUCAACCAUUAUUUUCUCAGCUGAACCCAUCAAAGGUCACAUGCACAAAUCAAAUUUAUUUCAUACUUGUAUGGAUGACAUCCAAAGGGUGAUGAUCAUUUUGCACCAGGCAGGGCGAAACCUUUGCAUCAAUCUGUUUUUUACUCACAGGUCACCCGAUGGGACAUUGUCGAUAGGACAUUGUCGAUGGGUCACCUGGGAGCCCUGACGUCAGCCCCAUCAGACUGCUGUGAUAGCUGCAAACAUUUGCUUCCAUUCUCUCUGGAAGAAGUGUUAAGUCGUUAGUUUUGAAUACGUUUUGUUUGUGGAUGACUGAAAUCUGCAAUUUGUCAAGCGCCACUGCUCCUCACAGCUUUCAGUCUUUUCCUGAUAAUGUUUGCAAAUAUUUGAAUCACUACAUUUUCCACUCUUAAGUCAAACAUGGCUCCACUGGUGUGACCAUAUCUGCAUGUGUUGCCGGGCAACCUUAGAAUAUUAAAAAGUUAAGUCUGGAAUUCAUUGAUAUAUACAGUGUCAGCAGUUCGUCACCGCUGGGAAAACACUUUCUACAUUGGUUCAAAGGUUUACUAACAAAUUGAGAUAAUAAGCUCACAAAUAUGUGAAUCCGGUAGUUCAGUGUGACUUGCCUGUUUCUCACUUUAAAGUAUUAGCUUUCAAAGAACUCACGUCACUGUGUUAGUGGAAAUAAACAACUGCAAAAUUGUUACUGCAACAGAAGCAACAAUAUCUCAGGAAUAUGGUGUGUGAGUUUUGUUCAAGUGUAAAUGUGACCCUAAAUUGGUAAUGCUUACACUACCCAGAGGUAUUGGAUAUUAAUAACUCAGUUUUAAGAAUUUCAGAGUCCAUAAAAUCAAGCACGGUGGAGGACUGGUUAGCACAUCUGCUUCAUAGUUCUAAGGGCCCAGGUUCAAAUCCGGCUCCACCUGUGUGGAGUUUUGCAUGUUCUCCCCGUGCCUGCGUAGGUUUUCUCCAGGUACACCAGUUUCCUCCUACGUUCCAAAAACAUGCAUGGUAGGUUACUUGUAGACUAAAUUGCCCAUAGCUGUGAAUGAUGGCUUGUAUGUAUACUAGAAUUGGCUGGCGACCAGUUCAGGGUGUACCCCCCCUCUCGCCCACCGUUAGCUGAAAUAGAUGAUGAUGCUCUUUUGGACCAUAACUCAUGGAGUAGUUAAUAACCUCAAAAAACUAAAACUAUAAACAAAGACAAAAGGAACAGAGUAAGACCACGAGAUCAUUUUACACUUGAGACAAUGUGAGUCCCGCCCGGGAUGCACAAGUCAUGGAAACAAUGAGUCCCUGCAAUUUAUCAUCACGGAAUACGGAUACAGUAAUCCUACGCUAUAUCACGGUUCUUGCUUCGGGGUCCCGCUAGAUUGCAGAUUUUUAGUACAUGUUAAUCUAUUUUUAAUACUAUUUGCACAAUAUUUGUAUGUUAUCCAUUGCUCGUUCUGUUUAGGCCUGUCAUGAUAGAAAAUGUUUUUAGGACGAUAUAUUUUCCCCAGGCGGCACUGUGGCCGACUGGUUAGAGCGUCAGCCUCACAGUUCUGAGGACCCGGGUUCAAUCCCCUGCCCCGACUGUGUGGAGUUUGCAUGUUCUCCCCGUGCCUGCGUGGGUUUUCUCCGGGCACUCCGGCAAAACUAUCACGACAAACGAUAGUAUCGUUGUUUUUUUAUGCCGCUGAUAUAAUGAUAUUAGAGAAUAAUAAUUCAAGUACAUCCUUUUUAAGAACAAUUCACUUCUAAUUCCAAUUCUAAGAAAAAAUAACAUUGACAUUGUAAUGUACAACAAUAAAAAAAAUCUUAGUUAAAAAAUAUAUAUAUAUAAUUGACUCAGGUUCUGUUCCCAAAAAUUUCACUUCUACAAAUAUUGGCACAGCGGUAUAAACAGUCAUGAAUGCCUAAACAGGCAAUAUACUGCCAAUCAUGUUUUCAGUGGAUUAAGAAAAAGACCCAAGUAGCAACAUUAAUAAUAACAAAACAAGUAGAUCAAAGCAACCUGUUUUAAAAGUCUGCAGCCUUUCUUUAGACGUUGCUUUGUCAACAUGUUCACUAGCUAUAAUGUGAGUAUACAUACGCCAUAUUCACAUUUGCAUUUGCAUUAUUGGGCAAAGGCUUCCAUAAUUGCAAGCUGACGGGAAAUGGAAAAUGUCCCACCAUGUUUUUUGUUCCCAGCUGAAGAAAUUGGGUGGGAUGGUUCUGCUUGAAAUUGAUUCCGUCACUUUGAGGUUUUAAACUGCCACUGACAGCUGUUGAAUUCAAAUAUCCAUGUUAACAUGGAGGACUGGCAGUGAAUGAGUUAAGUUGUGUUGUCUUUGACUUUGACUUUGACUUCGACUGGAUACAAAUUCGACAUAGCAGCUCGUUGGUGUUCGCGGGAUGGCCGCGUUCAUCUGACUUGAAUCCAAAAUGUUCCCACAUCGUCGCGGUAGCAUUAGGCUUUGGGACUAAUUCCAUUUAUGCCGCUCAAUUUUCUGUAACUGCAUCUGCCGGCUUGCGGUCAGAAAAUUUAGCUUCGUGUAUGCUAGAGCCCACACAUUUCACACGCACACGCGUACACACGGCCAAUCAGAGGCGCGCUCCCCACUCUUCACUAUCUCUAAUUGGUUUAGAGACCACGGUGAAACCCAUCGUGUGUCUGCUUUCAAGUGGCCGAAAUGCCACCUCCCCACCCCUUUCUGUUUCAUUUGCUACUUCAUCUUGUGCCAGUGCCGGCCCAUCGGUGAUAUCCCGGUCAGCUAAACAACCACUUUUUGUUCUAACAACAUAAUUGAAUGAAAAGGAAAAAGUCAGACACCAUCAAUCUUGAGUCUCAACCCAACCAGGUACAUGUUGAAUUGGCACUUUAUUUUCUGAAAGCAUUUUAAGUCGUAAAGCAUGAUUAACUGGAAUUUUUGCACUUGAUGACUAAUCCUGGCAUUUGCAGAAUUUGGAAUUUACGAUUCUAUGCUGAGAUCCAGCAUUCCAUUUUCUUUACCGCUUAUCCUCACUAGGGUCGCGGGCUGCUGGAGCCUGUCCCAGCUAUAUUCGGGCGGGAGGCGUGGUACACCCUGAACCGGUCGUCAGCCAAUCGCAGGGCACAUAGAAACAAACAACCAUUCACACUCACAUUCACACCGACUGGCAAUUUAGAGUCUUCAAUCAACCUACCACGCAUGUUUUUGGGAUGUGGGAGGAAACCGGAGUGCCCGGAGAAAACCCACCCUGGCACGGGGAGAACUUGCAAACUCCACACAGGCGGGGUUGGGAUUUGAACCCCGGUCCCCAGAACUGUGAGGCAGAUGUGCUAACCAGUUGUUCACCGUGCCGGCUCUAUGCUGAGAUGAAAUGGAAAAUACUGUAGAGAAUGGGGAAUUCAGGAGAAGAAGGUAAAGCUGAAGAAAUCUAAUUUAUUUUCCAACAACAAUGGAAUAAACACAGUUGUGCUAAAAAAAGAAAUGAUGCAGCUCACAGGUGCAUAAAUGCUCAACAGGAUUGCUUAAAUUAUUUCUACUGAUGACGUUUGAGUAGACGCUUGUUGCCAGGCAGAGUUCAUUGGGUGCAUAUAGAGUUCCUGGUUCACACCACAUUAGAUUUAUUGGCAGCAUAACUUGCACGUGUCAGAACUCUGAACUGUGCAGUGUGAACAAACACAGCGCCAAGACAAUCCCACUGAUGUCACGCAAUCAGAUAGUCAACCCACAAGGUCAGAGAGGGCCCCAGUGUGUUCCCCUCUGACGACAUAGACACAGUUGUGCAUGUAUGUGAGCUUGGUGGAACACUGGAGGGGGACAAGUGCAUGACUGGCCUCUGACCUCAUGAGCACCAGAUGCUCCAGGACCUUCUUAAUAUGUGACGUUAGAGCCACCAGCCAUCAUUCAUCUCAGCCAGUUAUUUUUAUGGUAAUAUCCACUAAUAAGCUGUCCUCAUUUUUGGAGUGUUUUAUUUCACAGUGUUCGAAAAAAAAAAUGAAAAUAUCAGCAUGAUUAAACAUGCUCUGGAUGUAUUUUUUGCCUUCUCAAUUAUUUAUUCCAACUUGGUAUGUGUUUCUUGUUAACUGACAAACUAUUAAGGAUGAUGCCCUGACACUGUUUGUUGGUUUGUAGUUUAAAAGAAAAACAGAACAGUAAGCGUUACAGUCUGUCUUUAUGUUUACCUACAAUACUGUUUUAAUUGUUACCGAUAAUUCAGUCACAGCAUCUGUAAUUUAUUACAACACUGUACUAUAAUGGGUGUAUGCGGACGGUGUAUGUUAUUGGGGUGUGUUUGGGGGGUGGGUGUGUGAGUGGGUGUAUUAUACUUUGUGUGCUGUUCAGUGUACUUAAAAUAUGUUUUGUGAGUGUCCAGGUUUGUAAAUGUUAUCUUUUGAAAUCAUACAGUUAUAAUGCACUGUUGAUUUAAUAAACAAAAUGGUCAAGCUGUC